AUGGCCGCCCCCAUCCGGGCAUGCAAGGUGGUGGUCCCCAUGUCUCACACGAGGCGGACAGGCUGGCUGUCCUGGAUUGGGAAUGGAAUUGUCAUCUUCAUCAUGUACAAACAAAGACAAGCCCUCGAGCCCCAAGAUUAUCUUACUUUGAAUCUUGCUCUAUCAGAUGCCAGUGUUUCGAUAUUUGGCUACUCACGAGGAAUCAUUGAAAUUUUUAAUGUUUUCCAAGAUGAUGGAUUUCUCAUCACAACUAUAUGGACUUGUGAAGUCGAUGGGAUUUUCACUCUGCUGUUUGGCCUGGGCAGUAUUAACACUUUGACAGCUAUCAGCAUCAUUCGAUACAUCAAAGGCUGUAAGCCACACCGAGCUUACAGAGUCGACAAGCGCAGUAUUAUGCUGGCAUUGACCUUUGUGUGGUUGACGGCUCUCUUCUGGUCCAUAGCACCUUUGCUAGGGUGGGGCAGUUAUACAGAUCGCAUGUACGGCACUUGUGAAAUCGACUGGAUUCAGACCACCUUCUCCCUUGCCUACAAAUUGUAUGUUGUUGGCAUAUUCCUCUGCUGCUUCUUCCUGCCUGUAUCAAUCAUGAGUUUUUCAUACGUGUCCAUAAUAAAAAUGGUCAGGCACAGUCACAAGUGUGCCAGAGGAGGUGACGUCAGCAUGCGCCAACGCCAAGUGGAACGCGAAAUAACACGAGUGUCCUUUGUGAUCUGUACAGCCUUCAUUCUGGCUUGGUCCCCUUACGCUGUCAUCUCAAUGUGGUCAGCAUGUGGGUUCAGCACACCAGCAAUCUCAAGUAUACUGGCAUGUCUUCUUGCCAAAUCUGCCAGCUUCUAUAACCCCAUCAUUUACUUUGGCAUGUGCCCCAAGUUUCGCAAGGAGGUCCAAGCUCUGUUCCACUGCUUGAAGGAAAGUGGUGAUGCAGGCACCAUGAAAUCUGGAAAUCCAUGUGUGGACAGGAAGGCACCAGAGCUUGGAAAUAAAGCUGACGAGUACCUGGUACUUCAGAUUCCUGCGUCGAAGAGCUCAGACUUGAAAGCAGAACUAGAAUCUGAUUUAAAACCAAAUAUCAUUGUGACUUCAAAGUUGAAAAAUAUGCAGAAAAUUGAAUCAGAACACCUUUAA